AUGCGCUCAAUCACCAAAGCCCACGCCCGGCUUCCCCUCCGCAAUGCAUCCCGCCGCCUCCUCUCCUCGACUUCAUCCGCCAGCAACAGCAGCAACAACACCACAACCUCACAAGCAACACCAUCCUCGGCCCAAUCGACAACGCCAACGACAAACCCCAUAUCGUCACUCUUGAUCGCCAACCGCGGCGAAAUCGCCCUCCGCAUCCACCGCACCGCCACCCGCCUCGGCAUUCCCACAACCACAAUCUUCACCGACGUCGACCGCCACUCGCAGCACGCCGCCGCCUCACCCUCCUCCAUCGCUCUCGGAUCCGACCCGCGCGCCUACCUCGACGGAGACCGCAUCUCACGCCUCGCCGCCGACAAGCUCGGACCAGGCGUCGCGCUGCACCCGGGCUACGGCUUUUUAUCAGAAAAUGCCGCCUUCGCCAGGCUGUGCGCCGACCGCGGCGUCAACUUUGUCGGUCCGCCCGCCUCCGCCAUGGCCGACAUGGGCGACAAGGCGCGCUCCAAGCACAUCAUGUCGGACGCCGGCGUCCCCUGCGUCCCCGGCUACCACGGCGAGGAGCAGUCUGCAACCUUUUUAGCCGAAAAGGCCGCCGAGAUCGAGUACCCCGUCCUGCUCAAGAGCGUCAAGGGCGGCGGCGGCAAGGGUAUGCGCAUCGUCGCGUCGGCCGCCGAGUUCGACGCGCAGCUGCGCAGCGCCCGCGCCGAGGCCCGCGCCAGCUUCGGGCCCGACGGCGAGAUCAUGCUCGUCGAAAAGUACAUCACGCGCCCGCGCCACGUCGAGGUCCAGGUCUUUGCCGACCGCCACGGUGGAUGCGUGGCUCUGGGCGAGCGCGACUGCAGCAUCCAGCGGAGGCACCAAAAGGUCAUUGAGGAGUCGCCCGCCCCGGGGCUGUCGGAGGAGCUGCGGCAGGACCUGUGGGCCAAGGCGCGGACGGCUGCACUCGCCGUCGGCUACGUGGGCGCCGGCACGGUCGAGUUCAUCCUGGAUAGAGACACGGACCGUUUCUACUUUAUGGAGAUGAACACUCGCCUCCAGGUUGAGCACCCCGUCAGCGAGAUGGUUACCGGUACAGACCUGGUCGAGUGGCAGCUGCGGGUCGCCGCUGGAGAAAGGCUGCCCAUGACGCAGGCCGAGAUUGAACAGAAGAUGGCCGAGAGGGGCUGGGCGAUCGAGGCCCGUAUCUACGCGGAGAACCCGGAGAAGGGCUUCAUGCCCGAUUCAGGAAAGCUCCUUCACCUCGUGACCCCCAAGACGGACACGGAAGUGCAUCGACCCGAGGACGCGGCGGUGCGGAUCGACGCCGGGUUCGUCGAGGGCGAUACCGUAUCGCAGGCUUAUGACGGCAUGAUCGCCAAGCUCAUCGUUCGUGGCGCAGAUCGAGAGACGGCCAUCAAGAGGAUGGAGCUGGCGCUGAGGAAAUACGAGGUUGUGGGGCUGUCGACCAAUAUCGAGUUCCUCAAGCGGCUCUGUCGCAGCCCCGCCUUCAUCCAAGGCGAUCUGGACACCGGAUACAUUGACCGAUGGAGGGAGGAGCUGUUCCAGCCCAGGAGGGUCGAGGAUGAGGUUUUUGUCCAGGCCGCUCUGGGGCUGCUGGCUCCGGUCAAGCAGACCGUCCAACAAAUGGGACUGGGUGCCCACGGGGAGACGCUUGGCUUCGGCGAGGCUGCUGCCAGCACUGGUGAAAGGAGAUUCGCGUUCAAGGUCACGGAUGGCUACGCUGAGCAAGCCGCCGAGGGCAAGGGUGAGGAUGUGGUCGAGGUAACGCUGACCCAGCGUGGAAACAACCUAUACAAUGCACGUGUGGCGCGAAGAGGAGAACAGACGCCUGUCGAGUUUGACAAUGUCGCCUCGGAACCCACCGAAAGCAGCAGUAUCAAGACAAAAGUCAAGUCGUUUUUCCCGCUGUCCAGAGUAGAGUCGACUGUGGUACGGGAUCCCAACAGCGAUAAGAUCACCGUCUUCCAACUGGGCACCAAGACGGACUUGAGUCUGGUGCAGCCGGGCUGGUUCGACAAGGCUCUGGGUCUGAAGGAGGCGGCCGCUUCAGUAGUCGCACCAAUGCCGUGUAGGAUUAUGAGGGUCGAGGUUGCAGAGGGCGACAGUGUCGAAAAGGGGACGCCUUUGGUCGUGAUUGAGUCCAUGAAGAUGGAAACGGUCAUCCGCUCGCCUCAAGCGGGUGUUGUAAAGAAGCUGGCGCAUAAGGAGGGCGACAUUUGCAAGGCUGGGACAGUGUUGGUACUUUUCGAGGAGGAUGGGGCCGAGCAGUCAUAG